UGUUUGAGUUUGACAUUUGUUAUUUCUUUUUCUUUGCCUUUGCCGUUUGGUGUGGUGUAAAUUAUAAUAUUAUUGAAUUGAAUUAUUGAAUUGUUAUUAUGGAUAAUCUUGAAGAAAUGGAGGAGAUCCAAGAAAAUAUGGAAGAGUUAUAUGAAGUUGAAAAUGUUGAACAGGAAUGUACUGUGGAGGAGUUACUUAUAGCUUGUGUAAUGGAUAGACCUCCUUUGUGGGACUCCAGACUCCCAAUCAAAGUACGCUCCAAAACAACCCGGGAUAAAAUGUGGCAGGAGAUCUACACAGUGUUUGGAGAAAAUCCCCAAUACUCCAUCGAGUUCCUAUCGAAGAAGUGGAGAAAUCUUAGAGAUACAUAUGUGAGGAUCCGCAAUGAUUACACCCCCAGUGGAUCAGGUGCAGUAAAGAAAAAAAAAUGGGAGUAUUUUGAUUCUCUCCACUUCCUCAAGGAUACUGUGAACUAUAAAAACACAGUUUCCAAUGUCAAACCAAGUUGUGGUGGUAGUUCUUCAUUAUUAAAUACAAAACCAAGCUGUAGUGGUAGUGGUAGUUCAUCACCAAAAGUAAAUAUAAUUGGGAGCGAUAGUGCUACGUCACCACAUGUGCCUCUUUUAGGUGGUGAAGAAAGCGAGCCCCUAGUAGCAACGCCAAAAAGAGAUAAAGUCGAGGGGGCAAUUCUCGAUACCAUUAAAAGAAUUAAUGAAGAACCACCACCACAACCAGUUACUGUGAAUCCGAUAUGCCAACGCAUAUCGGAACUGUUACAGCAUAUGCCCCAAGGGCCUAGAACCCUGUUAGAAAUUAAACUUUUAGAGGUGGCAUAUGAUGGUGCGAAGUCAUUUUUAGAAUAGUUUAGUUGUAAUUUAGUGUUUAAUGUUUAGUGUUUAAAUUAGUUAUUUAGUUAGUUUUUAGUUCAUAAUAUAUUUACAUUUUUUAUUAAAAAUCACAAUUCA